GUUUCGUUCUUUUUCGACCAAAGUCGUCGUGCACAGCACAGAAAAAAAGGCGAGUAACCGCGUUAUAAAAACAAUAAUAUUAUUGUUAAAUUAUUAUUAUAAAUUAUCAAAACCUGUACAAAAACAAGCUUUUUUGUUGUUAAUUCUAAUUAAGUUGCGUAAAAUUUGCCAAACACUUAUUUGACAAUUAUAUUAAGCAAAUUUUCUUAUUUGGUGUAAAGUAAACAACAGGAAUGAGAAAGAAAAAUUUUUUUUCUUGAUGAAUUUAUGAAGGAAAAAGAGGAAAAAAAAUAUAGUGAAAAAAUAAAAAUAUACAUACACAUAUACAGAAAAAUAUACACAAAUUUUAUACAAACACCAACACAAAAACACUACGUGAGUGAAAAAAAUACGCGACAUAGAAACAGCCGCACUAAAACGGGGACGGAAAACAAAAAACGUGCUAAGCUUUAAAAUUUCAAGAAAAAAUUGUACAUUUAAUAAUAAAUAGUGUAUAAUCAUAAUAAUAAAAUUGAAAAAAGGUGUGCAAUAAUAAGAGAAAAGCAUUAACAACAACAACAUCAAAUUAACACCACCAAUAAUAAAUAAAUUAUAAUAGCAAAAAACAACAACAACAUCAAAAUAAUCCAAUACGCACGAUAUCGAUUUUGAAUGGUUUUUAAGCCAAACCACAGCAGAGCAAAAGAGACAAAUAGUGGGAGAGAGAGUGAGAAGGAGAGCAAAUAAAUAAACAAAAGAAAAACAACCGUAAAUUUCAUUUACAUUUACACUCGACAGCACAAAACAACAACAACAACAUUGAUAAUACAGCAACAACCACAAAAACAAAAAUUCCGCUUAAAAAUAAACACCUUAAAAAUAAUAAUAGAAACGACAACAACAACAAAAACAAACAUUCUUAUUAAAGAAGAAGUUGUGUGUUAUUGAAAAACCUUGAAUAAAGUCCGCUAAAACAUUGGGGGAAGAAAAACAAAAACAAACAAUUUGUAAACACGCAAAACGAAAAUAAUAACAACCACUAGUGUUGGUAAACGUUUAAAUUUGAAAAACAAAUAAUAACCAUACAAAACUUCAAAAAAAGAUAAAAAAAAAACAAAAACUUAUGUGCGCAACAACAACCUCAACAAGAGCAACAACAUACGACGAUCAGUUUUGAGUAACAACUCUUUUGUCUUUCUUCAUACAUAUUUUCGUUUUUUUUUUGCCGAUUCAGAAUUAGCAGCACAAAACAUAACAAGUAAUAGAAAUACAAAAAAAGUAUCUUUCUAGUUCAUGGCCACCGGUUUUACGACAACAACAAAUAGAAGCCUUAAUAUCCCGCCCACCCAAUUUAACCAAAAUAACAACAACUCAAACAUUAAACACACAAGCAACACCAACAACAACAAUUGUAAUACAACCACCUCAAAAACCACAACAACAACAACACGAACAGCAGGAAUAAUUAAAAGUGGUCCUUUAACUACCACCACCACCACCAGUUUGCAUAACAGCCUCACCAUAAGCAGCAACAAUUUAAACGUCAGCAACAGCAGCAGUGUUACGGUUACGGCCGACGCUGCCACUGUCGCUAUAGCUAAAGAUAUGUUGCAAUUGCAUCAUGGUUCGGCUCUCAACAACAACAAUAGCAUCAAUAAUACUACAACAAACAAUAGUGAUGAUUUAAAUUCUUCUCCUGCUCACAACAACAAUACGAAUUCCUCUUCUGCCUCCUUGAAUCAUCAUCAUAAUAAUAGUAAUCGGAAUAAUUCCAAUGCGACGCUAGCAAACAACACCCCACCUGCCCCAAUACAACAAUUUCAGUUGCAACAGCAACAAAGACCACCGCCACCACCCGAUCAUGCUGUUGGUUAUCUAAAAUAUGAAGAUGAAUUUCUUUACAUCACUGAGGCGUGCACCAUAAUAGGCAGGAAUUCAUCAACAUCUCAUGUACACUUUCAUGUGGCCGAAAAUAAUUUAGUAUCACGCAAACAUUUUCAAGUGCUGUUCGAUGCCGAUACCAGGGAUUUUUAUGUACAAUGUUUGAGUAAGAAUGGCAUAUUUGUUGAUGAUUUCUUGCAAAGGCGCAAUGCCGAUCCUUUAAAAUUGCCAGCAAGUUGUUUUUUCCGUUUUCCCAGCACUGAAAUACGCAUACAAUUUGAAAGUUUCUUGCAUACGGAAUCCCCCACGAAUGUUAUUGUUGGAGGCAGUGUUGGUGGUGUUAAUAAUUUGAGCAACAACUCUUUAAAUAACAAUCAUCAUCAUCAUAAUAUUUCUUCCUCCUCAUCCGCCUCUUCUCAUCAUCUAAUAAGUGGUCAUGGUGGCGGCGUUGGUAAUGUUCAUCAAGUUAUUAUAUCACCUGCUUCAGCGGAGGAAUUGCAUCAGCAACAGUUGCAUGGCGGCGGCGGUGGAGGAGGCGGCGGUGGCGGUCAUCAGAUGCAGCAUAUUUCAUCGUCCCAGCAGCAACAACAUUUAAGCUCUUCAGGUGGUUCUCAUUUACUACCUAUGGAUAAUUCGAAUGUUAUUUAUUCACCACUUAAAAUAUCUAUACCCAAAAAGGAACAAAAGUCUCCUUAUUUAUCACCAACUGGUACAAUAAGUGCAGCCAAUAGUUGUCCGGCUAGCCCGCGUCAAGGGUUUCAUCAGAAUCAAAAUAAUUAUAAUAAUUAUAGUAAUAAUAAUUUACAAAAUCAACAAGAUUUAUUCCAAACGCCCUCAACGGCCAGUUAUAAUCAUAAUGAGAAACCACCUUACAGUUAUGCUCAAUUAAUUGUACAGGCUAUAUCAGCUGCUCCAGAUAAACAAUUGACAUUGUCGGGCAUUUAUUCAUUUAUUGUUAAACAUUAUCCUUAUUAUCGCAAAGAAACUAAUAAGGGUUGGCAAAAUUCCAUACGUCAUAAUCUCAGUUUAAAUAGGUAUUUUAUAAAAGUUGCACGUUCUCAAGAUGAACCCGGCAAGGGUAGCUUUUGGCGUAUCGAUCCCGAUAGUGGCGCCAAAUUAAUAGAUCACAGCUAUAAGAAACGUCGCCAACGCAGCAGCCAAGGUUUUCGCCCUUCGUAUGGCAUGCCACGUUCAGCACCUGUUUCACCAAGUCACAUGGGUAAUUAUACAUAUUUUGAAUAUUCGGCUGAUAAUUCACGUGAAAGUUCACCGCUACAAGAUAUUGUUUUACAAUCAGCACCUGGCUCACCAGGCAUGUCUUUGGAAAAUCGUAAUGUUGAUAAUGAAAUUAUUUAUCAAAAUCAGAAUAUACAACAAUCCAGCGCUAAUAAUACCCAACAAUUCAGUAGCAGCCCCUAUUACAUAACAAAUCAAAAUACGAUUAUAACACAACAGCAUCAACAGGAAAUAGGAGGUGGUGGUGGCGGCGGCGGAGGAGGUGGUGGUGGUGUAGGUGCUUUAAUUGCUCUCAAACGUAAUCAUGCAAUGGCUGCUGGUUCAGGUGGUGGUAAUACGGUGGUAACUUUGCAGCAACAACAACAACAGCAGCAUCAUCAUCAACAAAAUCUACAAGGUCUACAUCCAGACAUUAUCUAUGAGGAAAUGCCCACAGAUUAUAGUGGCAAUAUGGAAUCGGGUGACGAUGAAUGUGAUGCUGGUGCCAAAAGGCCAAAAGUUGAAGUACUCUGAUGUGUGUGACAACAAAAGUAAGAAAAUGAAGAAAAAAAAAAAAACAAACAACUCAACUACGGCUAGUGUUGUUGACAAAUAAUUAUCAUCAUUAUAUAUAACAAACAAAAAAUGAAAACAAACAAGAAAAUUUACAUUUAUAUGUUUUACUAUGUACGCUUUAAUUUUACAAAAUUUAUUAUACACUCACACACACCAUACAUCAUUCACACACUCACACACUCACACACACAUACGCGCCAAUCAACAUUAAUUUUUCUUCUCCUCCUCCUCCUCCUCCCCCUACCACUGUUUAAAGAAGAGCAACAUUUAAUUUCUCAUACAUUUCUCUUAAGUCCUGGUAAUUUAGUUUACUUACAUUUCUAUAGAUUCUACUUUUACCUGCCCAGUUUUUUUUCUUUUUUUUUUAACAAUUUUCUUCAACUUCUAUACAUAAUUAAUUUUUUUUAUUCUCCCCAAAUUUAAACGUUUAAAUUGUAACGUUAUUAAUUAAUUAAUUUUUAUUUUAAAUUACACACACAAAAUGUAUUGUUUUAAAAAACGUUUUUAAUUAGCUAAAGUAUAUUGAAUUUGAUGACUCGCCCCGUUUAAACUAUUGUUUUAAAUUUUUUUUUCUUUUUGUUAAAUAUAAGUUUUCCAAAAAAAAAAGAAAAUUAAUUUUUUAUCCGUUAAACGGAUAUUGCUCUCAUUUUUCUUUUUCAAAUUUAAAGAGAAAAAAAAAACAUUAUUAAAUUGAUUUUAUGAUUUUAUAUAUAAAUUUUAAAUAUAAACUACAUUAUAAUUGAUUUCUUCACGAUUCAACGACGAAUUCAAUAUGCUUUGAUGAUGGCUAAAACAAACAAACAAAAAAAAAACUAAUUGGUUACAACUAAAAGUAUAUAUAAACAUUUUAUUAUACAUACAUAUAUUGAUUUAAAAACAAAAGCAAAAAAGGAAUGUUUUUUAUUAUUAUUGAUCACUAGUUUUGUUUAUUUUUGUUUAGGUUCACUUUAAAAAGGCCCUUUAAGUUUUAAAGUUUUUUUUUGGAAAUUGAAAUAACAAGCUUAAAAUAGUAUUCAUUUAGCCCAAAGACACAAAAUUUAUGUUUGAAGACAGUUUUUGCCUUUAAAAAUGCAGAAAUUUAUAAUGAAAUUAUGAUUUUGCUUUGGCAAUUUGUUAAAAAGAAGAUCUAAUUUUACCAAAUAAUUGAAAUAUUAAAAAUUGAGAUUUUAGAAAAGUUUAUGUUUCUCUAAAAAAAAUGUUUAAAAACUCUAUAUAAUUUAAGGGGCUUUACCUAAAGUUAAUGUUUUAAAUUUCUUUUAUCACUUUUUUAACAAAUAAAAAAAAUCCAUAAAACUGUAGCAGAAGUUCAACUUAUUUUUAUUUAAAAACAAAAAUAAAUGUCUUACAUCUCCUCGCUAUAAAGGAGUUAAAUAUCCAAAUAAUAUAACUCUAACAUUUCUCUAAAGUUGAACUUCUAACAAAAUUUUAUGGUAUACCAUCUCUACGCUAAAUUCAUUAACAAAAUGAUAAAAAAAACAAUUGCAAACAAAUAAAAAACCGAAAAACAAAUUCGUAUAUACAGAGUUGUUAGAAAUUCUCUUUAAAAUAACAAAAAAAAAAAAAUAAUAAUAAAACCAACAAAAUAAAGAAAACCUCCCUUUUAAAUAAACUUAAUAAUUAAAAAAAAAGAAAAAGCAAAAAUAUAAAAAUCGUAAAACCAGAAGAAAACAAAAAAUGCAGCAUCAGUGAAUAUUAAACAAAAUAAAAAAAUGUUUACCUUUUUAUAGAAAGUUAUAUAAACAAAAAAAAAAAAAAUAAAGUAAAAUGAAAGUAACAAAACAAAAGCAUACCUAUACAUACUUCUUAUAUAACACACACGAUUCUAUAUACAUUAACUAUAUAAGGAAAAAUUAAUUAAUUAAACAAAAAAUAAUAAUAAAUAAAUAAACAAAUAAAUCCCUAAACCUUUAAAGGAUAUAAAAUAAAAGCAAAACAAACAAACAAGCGAACAGGAAAAAAUAACAAACAAAUGAAAAAUUGUAUAAUGAUUGCACUUUAUUUCAUAACAACCAUUAAAAAAACAAACAAAAAAUAAUAAAGAAAAAAACCAUUUAAAUGUUUGGACAAAAUGUGUAUUUGAACCAAAAAACAAAAAAAAAUAAUAAAAAAUAAAAACAAAUUGAAUUUUUCAAUUUAAGGUUAUGUUUAAGUUCUUUAAGAAAUGUUAGGUUAUUUUUUUCGAAAUUACGGUUAUAAAACUUUGAUUUUAUUUUAUUCAUACUUCAAAUUAAACGCAUAAAAUAAUUAAAGAUUUAAACAAAGUA